AGUUCUUCGCUUCUCUGCAAACCUUUGCUGCCCCUUCACCGAUCAUUAAGUUUCCAGGCGAUGAUUCAGCCCCUCGGACAGACAAAGAGGUGGCUCUGCACUAUCUGAACAAGUUCUAUGGAUGCCCACAAGACAGAUGUAACCUAAUGGUGCUUAAAGACACUCUGAAGAAAAUGCAGAAAUUUUUCUCCUUGCAAGAGACUGGUGAAAUCGAUCAGAAGACUGUGGAGAUAAUGAAGAAGCCACGCUGUGGAGUGCCAGAUGUGGCCAAUUACAACUUCUUCCACAGAAAGCCCAUGUGGGGAAAGAAGGACAUUACAUACAGGAUUUUAGGACACACCCCUGACCUGGACGAGGAAACGAUUGAUGAUGCCUUUUUCCGAGCCUUCAAAGUCUGGAGUGAUGUCACCCCGCUGAAGUUCAACAGGAUCAUGGACGGAGAGGCUGACAUCAUGAUCAACUUUGGCCGAAAUGAGCAUGGUGAUGGUUAUCCGUUCGACGGGAAGGACGGCCUGCUUGCCCAUGCCUUUGCUCCUGGGCCCGGCAUUGGAGGGGACUCCCACUUUGAUGAUGAUGAGCAGUGGACUCUGGGAGAAGGCCAAGUGGUGAAGGUGAAAUUUGGAAACGCUGAGGGAGAGUUUUGUAAGUUUCCGUUCCUGUUCAUGGGUAAGGAGUACACCAGCUGUACCUCACAGGGACGCGACGACGGCUUCCUCUGGUGCUCUACCACAUACAACUUCGAUGAGGACGGAAAAUACGGGUUCUGCCCCCAUGAAUUGCUGUUCACCCUGGGCGGAAAUGCGGAAGGUGCCCCAUGUAAGUUCCCCUUCACAUUCCAGGGGGACAAGUAUGACAGCUGCACCACCAGCGGGAGGGAUGAUGGUUAUCGCUGGUGUGCCACCACUGAGGACUACGACCGUGACAAGACCUAUGGAUUCUGCCCAGAGACAGCGAUGUCAACAGUUGGCGGUAAUGCUGAAGGAGCUCCUUGUGUUUUCCCCUUUAUCUUCCUGGGCAACACCUAUGACGAAUGCACCACGUCCGGACGCAGCGACGGCAAAAUGUGGUGCGCUACCACCAAGAGCUUCGACGACGACCGCAAAUGGGGUUUCUGUCCUGACCAAGGUUACAGUCUAUUUCUGGUGGCAGCUCAUGAGUUUGGCCAUGCUUUGGGAUUGGAGCAUUCUCAAGACCCAGGAGCUCUCAUGGCACCGAUCUACACCUACACCAAACACUUCAGACUGUCUGACGACGACAUCAAAGGAAUUCAGGAGCUUUACGGCCCAGCAACAGAUAAACCCAUGCCUCCCACUCAAGGCCCAGUGACACCCAUGGACAUCUGCAAAGAGGAUAUCAUCUUUGAUGCUGUGGCCCAGAUCAGAGGAGAGACAUUCUUCUUUAAGGAUAGAUUCCUUUUCAGGUCAGCCGAUUUCAAGAGCAAGCCCACUGGGCCCAUGCUGGUGGCCACGUUCUGGACUGAUCUUCCUGAGAAGAUUGAUGCUGCCUAUGAGAAUCCUCUGGAAGAGAAGACUGUGUUCUUUGCAGGCGACGAGAUGUGGAUCUACUCUGCUAGCACGCUGGAGAGAGGCUAUCCAAAGAGGAUCUCCUCCAUGGGUUUGCCUUCUGACCUCCGGCGCAUAGAUGCUGCUUUCUCCUUCGGCAAGAGCAAAAAGACUUAUCUGUUCGCUGGUGACAAGUUCUGGAGGUAUAACGAGGCUAAGAGAAAGAUGGAUCCUGGUUUCCCUAAGCUUAUUGCUGACUCCUGGAGUGGACUACCUGAUGACCUGGACAGUGCUUUUAGUCUGAGUGGAAAUGGUUACAGCUACUUCUUCAAAGAUUCACACUACCUGAAAAUGGAUGACAAUAGUCUGAAGGUCGUAAAGGUGGGAGACGUGAAAACAGACUGGCUUCGUUGCUAGGCACUGGUGGAACACACACACACACACACUCACACAACCGCUGGCAUUCUGUGAUGACCUUUGACCUCGGGCCAACUCCUUCUUCUCGCCAACGUUGCCACGGGAACCUCGGUCCAGGUUACCAUGGCAAUCCCAGCAACAACACUCACAGUCAUUAGACUGUUCCUACCAUUGAAAAAAAGUGUAACCUCCCUUUAGUUAGCCUGAGAGGCCAAGUCAUAAACAUAACACUCUGGGACCCCUUCUAAACGUCAAGCGAAGGCGACUAGGAGACUCCUAAAAUAAGUUUGUAUUGUAGUCGUGUGUGAUAUAUGCUGUCUAAUUGAAAAGCUGAAGGCAUUUUACAAUAUCU